AUGUCCGUCAGUUCAGCAGGCUACCUCGACGACACCCUCAAGCUCUGUGAAGCAAGAGCAAAAGGCAAAGCAGAGCCCACCCAAUCUCUGCCUGCCAUCGCCAACAUGAUCCUCAUUCACAAGGUAUGCGGUUGCACCGGACCGAUGGGCUACGUCAAGGUUGCUAGUCGUGGUUACCUAUCUAGCAACCUCACCAAUCUGGCUGGCGAGCCUUAUGUCCAUCCAGGCGACGCACUCAACCUGUUUGACGAUACAAAGGGCACCGAUGGCAACAAGGGUCCUCGUGCAAAGGUACUCGUUAUCAAGAACGCAGAAGAUGAUGACUAUUCUCAUCUAUUCGUCCUCAAUCCGCACUUUGCUAGCAGACCUUUCCUCGGCGCCCGCAUCGGCUUUGCUGGCGAGCUCAAUGCGACGAGCAGUGGUUAUGCUUUCCUUGUGCCGACCACCGCGACACCCCGGGGUCAGACUGACUACGCCUCGGGCACGGGUUGGGGCGAAUCGUCGGCGAUCUGGAAGGUCGACAAAGACACCGGCGCCAUCUCGGCAAACAUCGUCAAUCCCGAUGGCAGCUCUAGCAACGACGUCGCAGCAGAGCUUCGCGGCAUCACCAAUGGCAAGCCGGGAGGUCAGACCUAUGUCACCCUGUCAGGCAAUAUCGACGGCUUCAAGUCAGCUUACGGAACGACUACUGAAGUCAUUCCGGUCAAACUGACGCUCGAGGCGCGCAAAUAG